AUGGCCAUCUUCGAUGAGAUGUGCGAAGGCUUCAGGCUAGUGGGUCACGGAACCAAGUCCGGGCUCUUUCGGCCGGGCGUCAGGCUGGCAUCGAUGUCGGAAAGCGAACUCAUGGAGUCGGCCCGUCGUCUGCGGCCUCAGCUCCUGUCGAAGGUGAUGCAAGAGAAGCAAGAUGAUUUUUCGGAGGAGCUCCAUGAGACAACAAUGAGGGAGGCAUCAGAGAAGGGGUGGCUCGAAGGGCCGUUCUCGCCUGCAGACAUGGACAAGCGUUUUGGGAACUGGCUGCCAGUUCGAAGAUUCGCGGUGGCCCAGAAGGGGAAGAUCAGGGCCAUCGAUGACUUUAAGGAGAAUCUCUUGAACAACGCCUACACCGCGGUGGAGAAGGUAGUUCUGUCUGCAAUGGACCACCUGCUAUGGAGCCUCCAGGUGUACCUGAGGUACCUCCUGCAUCGUGGCGAGGUCAGGCUUGAGCUCUCCUCAGGAGAGAUCCUGAGCGGGAGAGUCCACCCUUCGUGGGUCGCCAAAGAAGGGUCUUUGGUUGCGACCGCCCUUGAUCUUCGGAGCGCCUACAAACAGCUCCCCCUAAGUCCCCGGGACCAUGAUAAGACUGUUGUGGUUAUUAGGAACCAAGGCCAGCCGGCCUGCUUUGUUAUGCAUACGCUCCCCUUCGGGGCGGCAGCAAGUGUCGACAAGUUCCUUCGCAUCAGUGCUUUCAUUCAGGCCGCGGGGUGCGAGCUGUCCCUCCUGUGGACAAACUACUUUGAUGAUUUCCCCCUCGCUUCGAAUCAAACCACAUCCUCUUCCUGCAUAGCUGCCGCCAAAACCUUCCUGACUCUUAUGGGCUUCGAGUACGCCAGUGACACGCUGGAACCCUUCAGCCAGACGUGUGAAGUUCUUGGAGUCAGGAUUGACCUCACCCGGGCCGAGCAGGGCUUCAUUGAGGUCUGCAAUAAGCCUUCAAGGGUCCAGGAGGUACUCCAUCUCCUCGAUGGAGCGUUGGGUUCCCACAGGCUUGUUCCCGCUUCAGUGCCAACCUUUGUCGGCAAGUUGCAGUACGCGGAUUCCCAGGUGUGCGGCAGAGCCGGGAAGAUUGCCUUAGGCGACCUUAGGGUUAUGGGAGGGUCUGGCCGAUACCCCGUUAAUCUCAGUCAGGAACAGGUUGAUGCCCUCAAGGUUCUCAAGCUACGGUUCACACGGGGGAAGCCAAUAAGGCUCAGCUCCUCCGAACCAUCGAUGCCCCACGUCAUCUUCACCGAUGGCGUGCUCGAAGCUGGAAUUGCAUCCAUUGGCGGUGUCUUCUAUCCCACGUGCCGUGAGAUGCCAGCUGAAGUGUUCGGCGGCACGCUGCCGGAGGAGUUGCUGGGUCUCCUGAAGGGAGAUAAGGAGCACGUCAUAGGGGCCGUCGAGCUAUAUGCCGUAGCUGUGGCCCUUCACCUCUGGAUGCCCCGCCUUGCCGGCAGCAAGGUCCUGGUUUUCGUAGAUAACUGGCCGGCGUUGGACACCUUCGUGAAGGGGUCUUCCUCAGUGCCCGAGUGGCGCAAGGUCUUACUGUGCAUUGAGCGGGCUGCUUCGCGACGGUGCGGGAGCUCGCUGGACGACGGGCAGAGCUUCGCGCCCGCGGAGCUGCUGCCCCACGCGCGGCUCUGCCAGACGGUCACGUACGCCUCCUGCCAAGGCCUCACGCUGCGGGGGAGGGUGUGGCUCUGCGACGUCGAGAACCCGCACUUGUCGGUGAAGCACCUCUACGUGGGCGUGUCGCGGGCCACGGGCGCGGAGCUCCUGAGCGUGAUCUGA